UCCGCCAUUUUGCAUUUUGACAUGUAAACAUUCACAGUAAAUAUGUCUAGGGAUUCGAAUAAUUACAGUCAAAGCUACAGGCUUGUUGUCGUCGGUGGUGGCGGCGUAGGAAAAAGUGCACUCACAAUCCAAUUUAUACAGUCAUAUUUUGUAACAGACUAUGAUCCAACAAUAGAAGAUUCCUAUACCAAACAGUGCGUCAUAGAUGAAGUAGUUGCAAGACUAGACAUUUUAGACACAGCCGGACAAGAAGAGUUCUGCGCCAUGAGGGAGCAAUAUAUGAGAUCAGGGGAGGGGUUCCUACUGGUGUACUCUGUUACAGACAGGGCAAGUUUCAACGAAGCCUACAAAUUCCACAAACAGAUUCUCCGUGUAAAAGACCGGGAGGAGUUCCCCAUGAUACUGGUGGCGAAUAAAGCGGACCUGGAACACUCGAGGAUGGUUACAAGAGAGGAGGGACAAGAACUCUCAGCUCAGUUGAAGAUAAGUUAUAUUGAAGCAAGUGCCAAAGUCAGGAUGAAUGUAGACAAAGCUUUCUAUGAUCUGGUUAGAAUUAUUAGGCGGUUUCAAGCUAAUGAAAGUCCACCAGUCAAAGCGCCUAAACGAAGUAAAAAAUGCACAAUUUUAUGAUCGAAAAUGUUUUAUUUCCUAUAUUAUUUAUCUGGAUAUAUUAUCUGACUCUAUACACAAAAGAAGCAAAGCUUUGAUGUGUAGUACACAUGUGCUGUCAGCCUCAGUUUGGUGAUGACAAUCCAGUUCCUGGUCAUCUGUGUGUUUGAAAGCUGCAUUCUCCUCAAUGUUGUUGGUUUAGCUUCAAGCAAGAGUUUACUUAACUCUGACAAUUAGUGCAACAUAAUGCUGUUAUUGUUUUGCUGUAAAUGUCAUUAUAAUUCAUGUCUGUAUUAUAUGAGAUGAAAAUGUUUUCAUUUUUUUAAAAACUCUCCAUCUCCAUAGAUGAUAUUUGAAAGAACAAAAUAGAUAUUUACCGGUAUAUUGAGAUGAUAAAAAAUUAUAUCUGAGAAUUAAAUGCUUUUUACAGUGUAUCUGAUGUAAAAAAGGCCUACCUCUGAAAGUAGUACCUCAAUGUGAAAUGAAUACUGCAUUAUAUAUAAAGGUUUCUUAUGGCAUAAGUUUUUAUUUGAUAAUCAGUCAAAAUGUACACAAUAAAUUAAAAAUGUUACCCAACCCAGUUGCAUACUUACCAGCAAUAUACUGUUGCUGUCAAUGAAAAUUUGAUAAAUAUAGUUCACUAAAUGAUUUCUGUUUAU